AGUGAGUUCAUCUCUUGUACAAUGUGUUUCCGGCCCCUUCUCCCAGAAGUGGAGCCGUGUCAUUCAUGAGUUGUGUCGCCGGAUGUGAUUGUGACUUAAGGAAUAUACGUAACGUAACUCAGCUCAGCUAAAGUGUACUGGUGUGUAGCACACACGUGCACACCGGCCUCGUUGAUAUACCAUGACAUUCACCACAUAUAUGUGGCUAAAAUUAGAACUGUGAGGCCUUGAGGCAAGAUUUUUAAUAAAAGUAUUUUGGUCUCCGUAGCCUUGUUGACGUGCAGUGGAAGUGCGGGGAGUUCGUGUUUGGUUUAGGCUAGGCUUGCUGGAUGUGUAUGCCAUGAUGAGUCCUCCAUUGGUUAUUGGUAUAUUUGUCUAGUCGGCACUUAACCCCAAUUUUUUUUUUAUAUAUUCAGAGUUAUAGAUUUAUGGAACAAAUUACCGGGUAACAUAAUUAGUCAUAAGUGGUUAGCAAUUUAUAUAUGAAUGAGUUAGAUUAUGUUAAAUAGGAGCAGCCUUACGUGGGUCAAUAAACCUUUUGCAGUUAACUAUAUUUGUUUUUAUAGUGAUUGUUAAGAGGGAAUUUGUUCUCAACCUUUUGUUAUAAACUUUUUUAUUAGGCCUCAAUCAGAGGAUAUCAAGCAAGCCUCGUCACCAAUAUUUGCCUCCUGCCUCUUGUUGAUGCCUUGAGUGUCUAUGUAGUUAGGGGUGUUGCCCCAUAUAUACAUGACUGCCGGUGUAUGCUUUCCUCCCUCGAGCGUGUUGACCUCGCCUCUGGUUGCCCUCGUAAUCUGUCCUCGUAGGGGCCAUGUGCUAUUAUAAGUCCAGGGUGGUAACGAGCGUCACUACUGGUGAAGGAGAGAGAGAGGGAGGGAGAGAGGCUCCCUCACAUUCCUCAGUGUUCCUGUGACGCGGGUAGGUGGUGACGCCACAGGAUCAUGCGCCAGGCGAGCUGGAGUCCUACGUGCCACACUUCGUACGUACUGUGCAUGCUCAAUGAGCUCUUCAUUGUGCACUUGCGCUUUGUUGUACUGGAGAGUUACAGAGAAGUUUGUGUGACGUGUGUGUGCUAUUUUAGUGUAGCAGGGGAGAGGAAGGCAGAAAUUGAAGCACUCCUGCGUGGCACCGCUGGUGCAAAGCCACAGAAGCAGCAGAAGGCUGAGGAGGAGGAGCGACUGCAGGAUUCAGACAACCAUGGCUUGAGGCGACAUUCCUUUGCUAAGCGAUGGAGAAAGCCUCCCCUAAAAAAGAAGUCAAGUGAGGAGGAAGAGUCCUCUGUUAAAUCUUCCACUUCCACCUCGACCACAUCGUCUACCAACUCUUCCAUUAAAUCAACAAGCAGUUCUCCCUCCAGUCACGAUGGACAGAUCCUCUGCUCUACUGGUUCUUCCCCGUGUUCCAAUGGCCACGUUAACGGCCCACUGGAUUCAAAUAAUAUCGACUAUGCUAAGGAGACCAUGCCAGUUGACAUCAAUGACAUAGCUGCUAUGUCCUUGUUACAGAGGCUCGCCUUGAAUGCGCUAAACUUGACUGCUCCAGCCUCUUCAGUGUUGUUAAGGGAUCGUCGGUAUAGCUGGGUGCAACUGGCGGGCCACCCUGGUUCCCUGGCUCCAGCUGGUCCUGGUACCAUUUGGAAGAAAAGAGGCCCCGAACCUGUAGAGACUCAGGCAUAUCAGGCUCUUGUUUCCGACCCUGCAAGAGACAUCACUCCUACCUUCUUCAGAGAAGUUGUCUAUCAAGAAGAACAUUUCAUUGAAAUGAGAGACUUGCUGUAUAACUUCCACAACCCAUGCGUGAUGGACAUUAAAAUGGGCACUCGGACAUUCCUAGAAUCUGAAGUUUCUAACAAGAAAGCUCGCAAAGAUCUUUACGAGAAGAUGAUCAAGGUAGACCCCAAAGCGCCCACUUCAGAAGAACAUGAGGCCAAAGCAGUCACCAAGCUGCGAUACAUGGACUUCCGUGAUAACAUGAGCUCUUCGCGUUCACUUGGAUUUAGAAUUGAAGCUCUUAAGAUGGCAGGAAGUGAGGCAGUGACAGAAUUGCAGACUGUUAGAAGUAGAGAAGAAGUGGUUGGCACCAUGAGCGGAUUUUUGAAAAGCCGAGAAAGUACAAAACGCCAAGUUCUGGAUCGUCUUACUCAUCUCAGACGGGUUUUUACAGAUUCUCCCUUCUUCCAAAGACACGAGGUGAUUGGAAGCAGUAUCUUGAUCAUUUAUGAUGAUGAGAAGGCAGGUGUGUGGAUGAUUGACUUUGCCAAGACAGUGGCAGUUCCUGAAGGCUGUAGUAUUACGCACAGGAAACCAUGGACGCUUGGAAACCAUGAGGAGGGCUACCUUACUGGCAUUGACAAUCUAAUAAAGGUUGUGGAAGAAGUCCCAACGAAGACUAAACGACUUGGGCUAUUCCACAAAUCUUAAGUAGAAAUAUAUUGAGGACUCGUUCUAAAGAAGUUCGAAAACCAGAAGAACUUUAAAUGUGACGUAUAUAUUCAUAAUCAUGCAGAGUACAGUAUAUACUGUAUAGUUCUAAAAGAAACUUGAAAAUCACGUGACUUCUCAUUGUUAGUUUAAAAUACGUUGUGGUGAGUACAGUAUAUCUGUUGCUUUACCAUAUUGUCAAAGACUGCAACUACUGGCUUGAAAAAUUAUUUGCUCUAAUAAACUAAUAUUUAUAACUGCUAUUUAUACAUUAAAUUAUUAAUAUUUGAUAACUGUUCAAGAAAUACAAAAAUAUGACAAAAUUAAUUGAGCUGCCUGUUUAUUACAAGUAAAGUAGAUCUUAAUAACUCCAAUAUUAAUCUUGCUACAUAUAUAUUUUUUUUUUUAAAUAUUGAACAUUCAGAACAGUUAUAAAAACAGGUGUAUACUGUCUUCGAGAAAACAGAAGUGUAUAUUGAAAUGGAUCUAGCAGAGAUCUUGAGGUGCUCACAAGAUACACCAGUAUCAGCCUUAUGUUCAAGACAAUUAGUGAUGAACUGUAUUCAGUUGGUAGGCCUAACCUAUUUGGGGAUGCACCAAAGAAUUCCUUAGUGAGGUUUUAAGAGAAUUGUGCCUAAUAAGGAUUGUGUUCAGUUAACUGGUCAGAUGUAUUUAUUUCUCAUAUUGGGACCACAACACAAUAAAUGUAAUGCAUACUGUAUAUAUAUACAGUACAGUAUAUGUUAUAUAUAUAUAUAUAUAUA